AUGGGAACUCCUGCACCUGCUUAUGGAAAGUCAGUGAUAACCCCUAAUAGAGCUUCCGCUGUAACUCCUAGUCAUGCAACCCCUAACCUUGCAACACCUAACCUUACAACCCCUAAACCUGCCAACUCUGAGAAAACCAAAACUCCGACUAAACCUGCAAGUCCAUUAAGGAGUACUAAGAAGUCUGAAGCUAGAACAAAGACGACUCCUGAUUCUUCGAAACGAAAAGCAGAGACAGAGAGUGAACCAAGCAAAAAGUCGAAAAAUGAUGUGUCGACGGUAUCCUUCGGGGAUCUUUCCAAUAUCCAGCCUCUGGCCAUCAAGCCCCAUGACUCCGCCGCCAUCCUGCCCGCCGCCUCUCUUCAAGAUACUCCAGCUCCUGAGUUGGGACCAGGAUGGAGGAGAAUAAACCAUAAAACCUCCAAAUCGUCUUGGAACACUUAUAUAUCACCAACAGGAAAACUUUACAGAAAUCUGAAAAGUGCCAAAGAAUUCCUCGAUCAGAUCACCAAGAAUCAUGAUGCUGCACCGGCGGAGCAGAGCGAUGUUUUACUUUCUGAUGUUCCUACCAAACUUGAUGUUAUAACUGUCACCAACACUGUUAUAUCAGGUUGGAAUAGAGGUUUAGACAAUAAUCUGAAGAAUGUGCAACUUGUUCAUGGUUCUGCUAAGCCUAAACCUAAACCCAGGAAGAAGAUGACUAAACCGGCUCAAGCUCCUGCAGAAGAAAUAAAGGAUGAGGCUGCUUCAAUGGUUGAGUUUGAGAUCGAGGAAGAGACCGAUGAACAGUAUCAGGAGGAGGAGAUCGAGGAUAAGGGGGAACAGUACCAGGAGGAGGAGAUCGAGGACAAGGAGGAACAGUACCAGGAGGAUGAGAUCGAGGAUAAGGAGGAACCAUAUCAGGAAGAUGAGAUCGAGGAUAAGGAGGAACAGUACCAGGAGGAAGAGAUCGAGAUGCAGGAGGCAGAGAUCGAGGAUGAUGAGCAGAUGUCUCAGAUUAUUGGAGAAGAAACUAAACUCAAGAAAAGAAAGAAAAAGAAGAAGAAGGAAAGAGAAAUUGAAGGAUUUUAAAUUAAAUGUCUUCUUUAAACAAAUUUAAUACUUACUUUGUCGCUUAAAGAAUUAUCCUCAGAGCUCCAGUAUGUCGUUUAAAGAAUUAUCCUCGGAGCUCCAGUAUGUAGUUUAAAGAAUUAUUCUCAGAGCUCCAGUAUGUCGCUUAAAGACUUAUCCUCAGAGCUCCAGUAUGUCGUUUAAAGACUUAUUCUCAGAGCUCCAGUAUGUCCCUUUAAGAAUUAUUCUCAGAGCUCCAGUAUGUUGUUUAAAGAAUUAUUCUCAGAGCUCCAGUAUGUCGCUAAAAGAAUUAUCAUCAGAGCUCCAGUAUUUAAAUAGGCGACUAUUUUUGAUUAUUUGUUUUAGAAAAA